AUGGCAGACUACAAAUACAACGGGCUCAGCGCUGUCGAUGCUUGCUGUGCUUGCGGCGGUGGUCUACAGACAAGCACUCCCUUCACAUACUCGGCAAACCUCCGAUCUUUUGUUCUUGGUGCCGCGAUGAAGGACCAGCCCCACCCGCGUACCGCUUCCAGCUACCGGGUGGCUGGCGUUCUGGAAGGCUCAGGAUGUGAUUUGCACUCGAUUGGUUUGAGCCUCAAUGCUGAGACGGGCGAAAUCUCGGGCACCCCCACGGCAGAGGAACCUGUGGAGGUGGAGUGUGUCAUCCAAGCGGUGCAGGACGAGUCUAAGGGCUUGAUUGAAAACAGCAGUGUCAAGAUUAGUUUGCAGCACUUCGCCUAUGCGGGGAAACUUCUUCCUUUUCCAACAGACAGCCCCUACUUGCCCCGUACAUCCAGCAGUACCUACAGCAACUGGCGUGUGGCAUGUACACCACACGCUCCGUGGCUGACGAUCGAUCAGCAAACGGGGGCCCUUUCAUCAUCAAAUAUUGGAGCCCCCGAUGCCGCUUUUUGCACCGUCACCGCGUACAACGGAACAGCAGACCUGACGCUGCCCUUGCCCGUCGUGGCGCCCCGGCAGUGGACGGCCAUGGACCUGCGACAAGUGAUUGCGGAGGACAAGAAGGUGUCCGUCGGAUCGGUCUUGGACCUUGUGGCGGGACGAGCAGUGCCUCCGGUGGCUGUAGCAUCUGCAGACGGCUCCGACCAUCUGACUCCGCCGGUGGUCUUUUAUGCUGCGUGCGAUGCGGAUGGGGAGCACGUUUCCUUCGACGUGACGACAGGCGACGUCCUGGUGCGGGGCCAUGUGGCUUUUCGUCUGGAGAUGCUGAGCGGUGAGUUCACAGGCAUCCCUGAUAUCGGAGUCCUGGGUAGCUGCGGAGCCUCCUCUCGCUGCAAAGUUCAACUCCAGUGCACGAUUUUCGGGGAGCUUGCCUAUCAACCCCCUGGAUCACUGCCCAAGUUUCUCAAGCACAGCAUCACCGUGGUAAUCCGCGAUGACACUUGCUGGCAGCAUGUGUCAGGUCCCGAGAAAACCUGGGCUCGCCUUUGGCAGCUGGAAGGAAGUGGAACCUGUCGCAGUCGUUGCCGGGCUUCGGCCGGUUGCUCUGCAUACCAAGAGGAGGAGGAUGGGGAGCCCUUGUCCAGCUUUGCUGAGAAUAACUUUAACGACCGUGGAAACACCGACGACCAAGACACAAGCAAGACUUACGAGUACACGCUGAGCAACGGCUACAAAUGCUCUUUGUCGGGCUGGACACACACCCGGGGCUACCAGAGCGGGUACUUGCGGAACGUUGCCGGCAGUGGAAUGGCCGUUGUUUCUGGUCUAGAGCCGGGCGUGCUCUACGCCUGGAAAAUAUACCAAUAUGGGACGAAUUCGAGGUUUGCCGGCACGAAUCCAUUGCGCGUCAACGGCGAAAGUUUCGGCUCGACAACCGCCUGGCCAAGUGCAGAUGCAACGAAGACAGGCUUCACACGAGCCACUGCAGCAGGUGAGAUCAGCUUCGAGUUCGUCCGGAAGACGAGCCAUGUCACUGUGUCUGGAAUAGCCAUGGGCAAGGCACCUUCGUGCUUUUCCGUGCGUUCCGUGGCUUCCGAGUCCUGCCCGGAAGCUUGCUUCUGUGACGGGGGGAAAAUGUGCAAGGGAUGGUGCGCUCAAGCUGGGACUUGCCAGACUUCUGCACCCAAUUGGGGACUUGACUGCCGUGGUUGUGGCGUCGCAAAGUUUUCCAGCGCAUGGGUUCGCAUCAGAGACUGUGACGCCCAGAGCAAUUGUCUUUCCGUGUCAAAGAAGGGCGGUGGGGCAGCAUUCUUGGACGGCGUCUACUGCCCAGCCAGUGAUGGCGAGAAAGAUGGCUUGCUCCCCUACUACGCAAAACCAGGUGAGGUGCAAGAAGCCACCUUGUACCUUUCGCCUUGGCAGCCUUCGAGAGAGACGCAGCAGGGUUGUCCAACAGGUACGGGUUGGGUGAUCCGGCGGGCAAGUUCUCUUGACUUCUUUCAGGGCGAGUACGUGGAGCUGCGUGGAGACGUGCUGGCCUGCUUCCACUCUCUGGGUCACUCUGGAAGCAAGUCCUGGAGCAUCGGAGAUGCCGUGUUGGACGAGGUGAAGUCGGAUUUUCAGCUUACAAUCCUUGACGCGAGCUAUGUGGAGAAUCGUGCGCAGGCAGCACCAGGUGAUGAAGUGCACAUGGUGCCAGUCGCACGGACGUGUACAAAUCCGCUGGAAGAAAGGCGUGCAACCAAGAAGAAAGGCGAGAAGGACGAAUUGACCAGUGAGGAGGCAUUUACAUUCGACGAUCCGGAUGCCCCAAGCGGCCUUGGGCACUUCUACUCGCUCAACCCAUGCGAGUGCUUCAGCGGAGCGUUUGGAGCAAAUCCACCAGUUACGGAAACAACCUUCUCCAUGAUGCCACCAGGCAGUGAUAAUGACUUGGUGCCCCCGAGCACGUUGCUGGUCUCUGGAAGCCUUUCGUGCGAACCACAGUACCUGAUGCUGUCAUUGGUCGGGGUUGGCGCAACAGGAUGUGAGACAGCCUGCCGAAGUGGAGAUUACGACACCGCCACGGAAGCAUGUGCCUUCUACUUCACGGGCUCUUACACUGACGUAACCGUGUGUCGGCUGUACAGCUCUUGCGGAAGCUUGGUACAGGAGGUGAACAGCCAUGGCGAGCUGUUCGGGGUUGUCAAGACGAGAGCGUGUCUCAUUGCAGAUCCGGAGUCGUGCAAGCCGAUCAAGCGCGAAAAGUGGCUUGCUGACGGUGCUGACACUUCUGGGCAGUGCUUGUUCGAGGACCUGAUCUCCCAGUGCGACGCAUCUUUGAUCCACGGUGGGAACGGCAUCUCAGAGUGUGGUCACUGUACGCACAUGCUUUUGUCCGAGCAUGCUGUGCAGCUUUCAAGAAUGAAGCGGCCGUUGCCAUCACUGUUUCAAUCCGGAUCGAUGAUUUCCGUAGGUUGUGACGAUCGUUAUGCCGGCUUGAAUCGAUAUGGAAAUGACGUCUUGCCUUCGCAGGAGAUCAUUUGCCAGGACGGCGAGUGGGUGGAUCCGAAGGGCGGGCCGGGCCUUUCCGCUCUGCAGUGCGUUGCUUGCGUCCGGACCACACCGGGAAGCAAGUCCAACAGCCUCAUGGACUUCGUCGGCGCAUCGCAGCAAGAACGCUGGUGGCUGCAGAGGCACUCCGUUGAGAUCCGCAGCUGGAACGAUCUUUGCUUGGCGAGCGACUCGGAGCAAACGCAACGUGCGGAGAUUACCUUCACUGACAACACAGAUCUACCGCCGCACGUGGCCUCUCCAUCACAUCGCCGCAGGCGGCGAGCAUACACAGACGAGAGCUACCGUCGACGCUUCGUGGACAGCGGCGAGAAGUAUGGGAGGGUUGGCUGGAAGUCUGGCUUUGUCUAUGGCUGGCGGGGCACAGAUCAAGAUUGUCAAUUCGACCAGCGGACGCAGGUGUCCAGCGGUCUCAAGACGGGAUGGAAUAUCAACGGAAAUUGUAGGAGGAGAAGGAGAGCUUGCUCCCACGAGAAAUUCGAGGACGUUCCUUCCGUCGUUCAGUCGAUCCGCUAUACCAUCAGUUUCAGGGCCAGAGUCGUGGCGGACUAUGCCACUGGCUGGAACUGGCCCUGGCAUUAUAGCAGCUCUGCGUGCGCACAGGACCGCUGCCUCGUGAGCGUGAACUGCCCCUCGGGCCAGACCAUGGUCGAGUGCGAGGCGGCCCCAUCUUUCGGACCUUCCACUGCAUCGGGUGGUGCGAAAGUGAGCGGAAGCAGCUGCCAGGCCACAGGCGGGAAGCUUGGGGCCAACAUCCAGCAAGGAUCGUGGAAGGAGGGGAACAAAGACAGCUGGACGUCAUGGGCAAGUUGCCCUUCCGGCACUGUCGCCGUGACGCCCGCGGGCCUGUAUGCGGGAAACACUUUCGCGGGCUACGACACGGAGUACUACCUCAAAAUGAUGGGCGAUCGACGACGCCGACUUUCCUAUCACACCAAGCUAUGCCCUGCAGGGCAGUUCCUGAAGUAUAUCAAGACGUGUGCUGCCGGCAAGUUCGACUCGAUGGAAUUUACUUAUUGCACAAGUGGUCAUCGCAUCGAUUCGAGUAUGAAACAGGGUUGUGAUCAAAGACGAAGACGACGGCGAGUUGAGGUGCAUGCGCACGUGCAGUACGACAAUAUCGCCGGCACGCGGAGAGUCACAGGACAGGAGCGGGGCAAUGCGGACAAGGUCUGCUUUGAAGGUGGCACUUGCCGGGGCACCACCAAUUCAGAUUAUUAUUCGGAAACCUGCGGCGACAGAGGCCUCCUUGCAGGCUGGAGAGAAUUUGACCGGCGCAGGUCUGUUCAGUGGAUAUGUCGCGAAUUGAAGCCGGUAGUGAAGAGCUUCGAAUGCUCGUCUAGCGGGUGCAAAGCUGAGUGUGCUAACGACAAGUGCCAGAUCAGACCCAACUGCAUCCAAGCUUCAUCUUCUCAAGUGACUGAUGGGCCCUCCAGAAAGUCAAGCGGUGCCAACCAAUGGACGGCAUGGUCUGAAUGCCCAUCGGGCUACAAGGCCGCAGGGCUGCGAUAUAUGCAAAUCGAUGGAGACAUCAGAGGCGGGAGAAGCCCUGGUGGCAGCGUGCAUCAAAUUGACUGCUCCAGUACAGGGUGCAGGGCAAUGAGCAGGGGCCAGAGGAUUACCGUCAAGGCAGCAUGUGUCCAACAUGCUGAAGUGACGGCGGGAACCUUGAUCGACAAGAACCUCGGUUCAGGGUAUACCUCCAAGUCGACCUGUCCGAGUGGCUUCAAUCCAAUUGGUAUCAGAAACUUGGACUCCACUGAACUUUACGACGCUGUGCGAAAGUGGCAUUGCGACUCCUCCGGAUGCAUGGUGGAAUGCAACGGAGUCGGGCGAUGCAAAGUUCGGGCUCUGUGUCUCUCAGCAAUGACACGGGCACGUGUGAGGUGUUCAACCAGCCACAAGAGCCUGGUGAUCAAGAGUUCAACAGGGCCAGACUCCAGAUCUGCUCCGGCGUGUCCAGCAACACACCAAAGCGUGAGGUGCCUUUGCAUCUCAGACAGUGGCAGGUGUUCGAGCUCCAACGGCGUGGCUGGUGACAGCAGCUGCACCGUGGAUUUUGGCCGAAGACGCCGGCGUCGUCGCAGAAGUCACACCCCCCUGGAAACGGUCUCGCGCAUUUGUGCGCAGGGUGAAGCCAAGCUCAGAGUGUCCUUGGGGACGCAAUCUACGGAAUUGCAGGAUCUCCGGCAUGACUACACCAGCAAGACAGUGCAGUUCACGGCACCGGAGUCAGGCAACGUGCGCCUGAAGUUCGAAGAGAGGUUACGUCGUAAUGCCAGGUUGUUCUUCGAGGAUGUCAGCAUCACAGACUCCGAAUCUGAUAUGGGAAAGCAGAGCUUGAUGAUUGACCCGAGUAAUGUUUGUGCAGGAUCGCGCUGGGAGAUCGAAAUGCCGGCAACCGAUGCCGGAACACCGUAUCAGGUGACGAUUACGUACGGAGACAGUCGACGAGCAGUGGACACUUCGACAUGUACGAUCGGGACGGAGGGACGCAUGAAAGAUGCAUCCCACCCAGACGGUACCAUUGUGCAAAAUACGUUCGCCACCGUGACGAAGCCGGUAAUCAUCUACGGCAGCGGCGGCAAAGGGAAGCUGGCCUUCUCAGGGGAGCUUUCGGCAGGCUGCUCUGGAAUCAACAAGAUCAGCAUCUCCAAGCAGGACUCUGUCUUUUGGUCCUCCUGUGGCGCGGCCUUCAGCAAGGCCUGGAGCCUGGAGGCCUCCAGGCAGGCGCCGGGAAACGUCCAGCUUGUUUACCGAGAUCGACAAACAGCCGCAUGUGUGGACCCGAUGACUGGCAAAAUGGAGGACUGUGCGCUGGAGACAGAUGUGGAAGCGCACACCAAGCAGGUUUUCUCCUUGGAUUACCUUGCUCCCCUUGCAGCGAGAUGGACCCACAUGGCCUCCGGACAGAAUCUGCAGCCUGGGGCUUGUGUGCGAGCUCAAGACAGGUAUCUGCCGUACCUCAAAGUCAACCAGCCCCUCGUGUCCUGCGCAGCUGGGCAGGUGCUGAGCUCCUUCUCCUUCAAGCAAGAUAGCUCCUGCAACGGUGUUGACUAUUUCCGCUACUUCUACAGUUGCACAACCAUCGUUCCGGUGAAGGGUGCCUCGAUGUGCACCCCGAAGACGACACGCUGCGUCGCUCACAGUGGCAGCCAUCCACACUUGUGGGAGCUGGACAGGCACGACGUGGGAUCGCAGUGCGAAGCUGGAACGUUGUUGACGAAGUUCGAGUACAAGAGCUGCACCGGGGACGAUGGCGCUGGCUAUCAUUAUGCAUACACAUGCUGUCCGGUUCAAGGUUUGGGUGAAUGCUCCGAAGAAACAACGGAAUGGGGAGAGGUUGGCCAGAAGAGCGACCUGGCAGCCUUGGCACACCACCGACCUCAGUGCCCUCGAGACAGCGGUUUGCAGCGCUUCCUCCUGGAGUCCAAAGUUCCGGAGGUUGCUCAAGGUGCAACUCUCCAAGGAGAGGUCAGGUACACCUUUGUCUGCUGCAUGCUGCCAAUGGCACCGCCCGUCAGUGUCAAGACGGGGCCAUUGGAUGCAGGCGGCGCGUGGGAAGGCACAUAUUGUCCAGCAGGGCGUAGCGAAGGUCGGGCCACUCUUAUGCGAGGAAAGGCUUCUUCGCCCUAUUUCUCCAAGAGAGAUGAUGUGUCAUGUGGCUAUCACAAGGACAAGCUAGCCAAAAUUGUGGAUGGCGGGGCUUACAUGCCCAGCACCAGGGCGGGCGCUCUGAGCACGUGCGGCCCCGUCUGCGCCGCGGAACCGAGCUGCGAUGGCUUCAUUUGGAUCGAUGGGAUUUGUGGUUUCCGCAUGGACACAUCACACAAUGUGGCCUCCGAUGCUCGUGCCGACUGCUACAGCAAGGUGCCGGAGUCGGACGCCAUGAAGAUAAAGUAUGACCGUCUUGCUGGCCAUUGGUGCAUGAUUUCUCACAUUCAGCAGCCCCUCUGUACCACCGCCGAUGUAUCGCAUCCACUUCAGCUCCCUCCGGGAGGAGAAGGUAAUAUCGACUACUCCCCAGUGUUGCCAAUGGACACAGAGUUUGAGGGCAAUGGGGCCGUGGAAGUGGCACACGAUUCGAUGGCCCAAAGCCUCCUAGGAACUUCGAAUUCUGCAAUGAGCCGAGCCGGGACUGGCGGCGGGCUGGGAAACAAGAAGUUCAAGAAGUUGCCCAAGAUCCCAAAAGCCAAGUUCAACAUGGCAAAGUUCGAGAUGGCGGAGUUCCAGCCUUUCGAAGGCGAGCGCCAAGAGCUUCAACAGCGUGGGGUAACGGAAGCCGUGCUGAACUGGAACCCGGAGCCCAUCGUGUAUGCUCCGCACUGCCUGGCCCGGGAGAGCCGCGAGAAGAUCACGGGCGCUGAGCCUGUCGAGGGUGACCACUACCUCAGCGUCGAGGAGAGGCAAAAGGAUGCGGUGGGUGCCUGCUACCACGCUUUGGGCGCAGAUUCCAGCGGGGCAGCGGCUGUGGAGACCUGGGGAGAAGAGGGCACGCCAGGGAAGAAGAACACGGAUUGGCAAGAGCCGUACUUUGCUGCCAAUCCGACUUUCCCUGGCCUCACGGCCGAUGCGGUCUGGGACUGCUCCACGCGCGACAUCAAUCGUGGAUACAAGCUGGCCAUGUGGGAUCGCGAAGCAGACUUUGCAUCCAGCACCAUCGAGGACUUCUCUGAGCCCGUCGUGACGAAGGCGUGCAAGAACAUUCCUGGGACGGUGAUGCUGGCUGGUGCCAUUGCGGCUUACGCAGGAACAGACAUGGACACCGGAGACAUGUGUGCUGCCGUCGCCGGUGCAGUCUCUGCAGGAUCCCUGUGGGCCAUUGCCCAGACGCAGUACUACAGGGCACUGAGGUAUGACGAAAGCGACUUCCAAGAUUGCAAUCCUUUGCAGAACACAAUGGCGAAGGUUUACUGCGACCUCUCCUGCGUGGAGGACGCCGUCAAGCGAGGUGACCAGAGAAUCCUGAGCUCCAUUGGUACCUUGAACAGAAACAUCCUUUCGGAGAUGAGGGAGUUCUUCCAGCACUACGUCUCAGAGAUCUUCACGCGCUUAACCCACAUGGAAGACAAGCAAAGCCACGAGAGUUCGCAGCUGAAGGACGUCAUGGAUACCUACGCCCAAGCCGACCUCGACGCCGUGAAUUCCAAUGGAAAGCAGAUCAUCGAUGCCAUGAACUCCCAGCACAGCGCCUUGAACAAGAAUCUGGGCAUAGCUGCCAAGCAGAUCUUCGAUCUCACCCACGAGGAGCACAAAGUCCUCGCUCAAAAGAUGGAUGCACAUCUGGCUGCGACUUCUGAUGCCAUUGACAACUUGAAGGAGUCAACGGCGCAAGGCUUCCAUGACGCGUUCAACGAAUUCACCGAAGCCCUGGCAUCGGAAGAGGGUGCGGCGCUCACACAGUUGAGACAGACCCACACGGCUGCCAAGCAAGCUUUGGAAGAGAUAUCAGCCUGGAAUGUGGACGGGGCCAUGUACCGCCUCGGUUCUGCCAAGCUGGAGCAAGUUGAGCAGGCCCUUCUCGCCAUGCGCAACCAGCUUACACAUGCUCGUUCGCGGCAAGCUGGAAGGGAAGCGUCGUCCAAUGCCACAGUGCGGUCCGAGAGGCUCCGGGAGGGCGCGGCGCUUCACCGCGACACGGCGGCCAUUGCCAGAUCGCUGCUGGGCUGGAAGGCGAACGUGCCCGAUACGGAGCCUGCUCUCAUGGACUUGGAGAUGAAGAAGCUUCUGAAGGCGGCGCAGACGUCGAUCCGAAGUCACCGCCAUUCUGCUCGACACAUGAGUCGCCACAUCGCGUUCUUAAGAGGCGAGUCCGAGGCCGCCAGGCUUGACCAGUUCCACAUGGAAUCCCAGGUUGUGGAGUUCGACAAGAUCCUCCUGAAGAUCCGCCAGGCCGCGGAGGAGUACAUGGAAGCCGCGCAGGAGCAAGUGGACCAUGUGAGCACUGCGACGGAGCUGACUGAAGACUACUUGUCCAAGUGCAGUGCUGAUUUCUUGCAGGUGCAGGUUGCGGCAAAGCGCGCCAUGCAUUCGGGCCAGCGAGCGGCGACAGCAGCACGCCGAGCGUUGCGGGACGUCUGCCAGCAGGUGGGGCUCCUGGCGGAGGUGCUGGUGGACGGCGGCCUGGUCCGCUCGGCACUGCAAGCAGCAGCGGCAGCUGCGACUGCUGCCUCCGAUGAAGCCAAGCCGCUUCGAUUCGUCUCGGAGUCCGCGGAGAACUUGGACGGGGUGCCUGACAAACCAGUGCAGCACGCGCAUGACUCCAAGCUCGUGCUCCAGCAGCUCCACGCCACUAUUUCUCGGACGGCACGGAAGCGCGGGACAAGGAAGGCAUCUACGGUAUCUGCGCUGCUCCAGAUGCCCGAGCUCUUCCACAUCCUGCACCUGAGCAUGUUGUCACAGCUGUCCGAGUGGAUGCCGCCAGUGCUGCCGAAAGCCCAGGCGGCCUUCAAACUGGCGCGUCACCUGCGCCAUCGACACGACAUGCAUGGCUUGUCUCGCAAUGGUGGCGAGGAUGCACGGCUUAUGCACUCAGCCUGGCGGCGUCUCGAUGCUGAACUUCAAGAGAUGGCUGGAGAAAGCCGUGUGCGUCACACUGCGCUGGGUGCUUUGUUUGCCCAGCAAAUGGAUGAAGUGCUGGCUUCAGCAGCACCAGUACCGGAAAACUGCACUGUGAGCGGCCAGGAGGGCUGGAUGCUGUGGGCUGCCAUGCCUUCGGACACAACUGCCUUCGUCAUUGUCAAAGGCGCGGCCAAUCUCGUUCAGCACGCCCGAGGACGUCAUCACCGGAGAUUGGAUUUUGCCGCCAUCUCCAAUAGCUCCACGGAUGCAGGCAGCUUUGAAGCGAUGGUUUGCAACUCGCAGACCGGAUCCGCGCGUGCUUUGCAGAUGGGCGAGGUGGUGGCUUGCUUCUCAAAUCAAACGCACGAGUCGCACGAGUCUGGCUGCAAUGUGGUGCUUGAUCUGCCGGUGGUUUCACGGGCUGCUUGA